AUGGACUCUGUCUGGUUUGCUUUUGAUGAAAAUGAUGUAGAAUCUUCCAAUUCUUCUUCAGAUACAUAUCUUGGUGUCUUCAAUCAAGAUCCUUCUGAAAUUCAUUCCUGGCUCCAAAGACCCAAAGCACCAUUCAACGUCUCUGCUUCAUUACCGACCCCACAUUUUACUUCUGCUGAUGAAAAUUCUUUAUAUGAUGCCCCCGAAAUGCGCCAACCUUUCGGUUUCACAUCAUCAUUCCAAGAAAAUGGAUGUGACGUUCCCUUCGUUUCUGUUUUCUAA